AUGGACGUGGGGAGCAGCAGCGCGCGGACGGUGGCGGCGUGCGUGAUCGGCGGCAUCGUGCUCGGCGCCUCCGUCGUCGCGCUCCACCUCGGCGGCGGCUCCGCGGCCCCGACCCUGCCGCCGGUCGAGGCCCUCCGCCGCCGCUUCCGCCGCCGCCGCCGCCCCGUGCGGGUCUACAUGGACGGCUGCUUCGACAUGAUGCACUACGGCCACUGCAAUGCGCUGCGCCAGGCGCGGGCGCUCGGGGACGAGCUCGUCGUCGGCGUCGUCAGCGACGACGAGAUCACAGCCAACAAGGGACCCCCCGUCACGCCACUCAAUGAGAGGAUGAAAAUGGUCCGUGCUGUCAAAUGGGUGGACGAUGUUAUUCCAGAUGCACCAUAUGCCAUAACUGAAGAUUUCAUGAACAAGCUAUUCAAUGAGUACAAUAUUGAUUACAUUAUCCAUGGUGAUGAUCCUUGCCUACUCCCAGAUGGUACUGACGCAUAUGCCCUUGCAAAAAAGGCUGGCCGAUAUAAGCAGAUUAAAAGGACUGAAGGAGUGUCAACUACAGACAUUGUUGGAAGAAUGCUUCUCUGUGUUAGAGAGAGACCAGCUUCUGAUAAUCAGAACCACUCUUCACUGCAAAGGCAGUUCAGUCAUGGGCAUGGUCAGAGUAUUGAUCAUAGUGGAUCUGGAAGUGGAACCAAAAUAUCUCAUUUUCUUCCUACAUCUCGGAGAAUAGUGCAGUUCUCAAAUAGCCGGAGUCCAGGACCAGAUUCUCGGAUAGUUUACAUAGACGGUGCAUUUGAUCUGUUCCAUGCUGGUCACGUCGAGAUAUUGCGACUUGCUCGAGAGCUUGGAGAUUUCUUACUUGUUGGUAUCCACACAGAUCAAACCAUAAGUUCAACUCGAGGACCACAUCGCCCAAUAAUGAAUCUCCACGAAAGAAGUUUGAGUGUUUUGGCUUGCCAAUAUGUUGAUGAAGUGAUCAUUGGUGCUCCAUGGGAUAUUUCAAAAGACAUGAUUACCACUUUUAAUAUUUCACUGGUUGUUCAUGGAACUAUAGCUGAGAACAUGGACUAUACAGAGGGUGAUUCAAAUCCAUAUGCUGUUCCAAUUGCUCUGGGCAUUUAUCAUAAGCUGGAGAGCCCUUUGGACAUCACCACUAGUACUAUUAUAAGGAGGAUAGUGUCUAAUCAUGAAGCCUACCAGAAGCGGAAUGAGAAGAAAGAAGCCAGCGAGAAGAAGUACUACGACAGUAAAAGCUUUGUGAAUGGAGGGUAACUUAUGAACAUGUCUUCUUACAAGAUUGUUCCCUGAUCUUUGAGGCUCUAACACAGGUCACAAAUGAAACAGUUAGGUGAUCCUCAAUUUUACCGCUCCAUUGUCAUUUUUUGCUAUAUAGCUUAGUAUCUUCAGAUGCAAUCUUGAUGUGUGAUAGGCAGUGGUGCUGAAUUGGCUUAGAGAGCCUUGGGGCAUUUCCCCCUCCCACUUUCAGUGUCC